AUGAUUCUUUCAGGGAUUUCUUCCGGUGUCUCCAGCCCAUUUAAUCCAAGUAUUUGGACUCCAAUGAUACCCGGUGCGGUGAUGCAGAAUUCUCAAAAAGCCUUGGAUGACUCUUCUCCGACGUGCCUCGGACUGACCGUUAGCGGCGGCUCCGAGACGGCGUUAUCGUUUUCCUUGCAUGGGGCGACACAACCAAGCAGUCCACUCCUUUCGAACUGCAUAGCGACCGGUAGCAGCCUUAUCGCCAGUGGUGAAAAGAAUCAUACCCCAAUGCAAGGUGGCGGUGGUGGCGCCAGCGGUGGCGUAUGCAACACGCCAUCGGAGUCUUCCUUUGUUGGUCUGACAGCGCAAGCGACAUCUGGACAAACACGCUUGGAAACGAUACACCUAUCUCCUCAUGACGUUGUGAAGUGUGCUGAGCAUCACAAGGAAAGAACGGCACAAAACAUGAUGCGUGUUGUGAAUAGAUCGGGUGAUGUUGUAUGGGUGUGUCGUCCUGAUGUGGUAUGUAAGGUGCGUAAGGGUGGUCGUGCUUUUUCUCAUGGUUCACGUCGUCAACAACCCCCUCCAAAUGGGUUACCUGAGAACAGGACAUCUAAUCCCAGCGCUAUUGUCACAUUGCAGAACCCGAGAGUUGUAUUCACGACGCCACACAUGAACAAUUGUGCCGCGACUCCAAGCCAAGCGCCGGGAUGUUGCAUUGGAGGCUGCGAAACUUUUGUUGCAACGCCACUCGCUCUUGCUGGCCCUCCAAGUUUCACUCAACUCUCGUUUCUGCAGCCUGCAGCACAUGAGGACGCCAUGUUCUGGCUUCCCGUUUCACCGCCGCCACCGCCACCGCCACCGCCAGUGUACUCUGCUGCUUCUGUUGCAGGGAGUGUUGGAGGGCCAUCUGCCGCAGCGGUUGUUUCUCACGUCACGAUACCUCCCAACUUUGCGUGGGUUCCAACUCCAGUCCCGCGUUGA